AUGGUGGUGUGGGACCUGCAACCUUUUUCAGUUGUGGAGGACAGGGGCUUUAAGGCCUUCACUAAGGCCCUUAACCCGUCAUACAGCCUACCGGGUAGGAAGACCCUUUCCCAGGUCCUGGUCCCCCAGCUGUACCAGAGAUGCCAUGACCAUGUCAGGGAGAGAGUGGGGCACGCUGCUGCGGUAAGCCUGACAACAGACUGUUGGACUUCUCGGUCAACACAGAGCUUCAUGUCAGUGACCUGCCAUUUUUUGGAAGACUUCACCAUGGUCAGCUGUCUCCUGGACUGUUUUCAGUUCAGUGAGCGUCACACAGCUGACAAUUUGUCUGAGCAUCUCCUGCGGAUCGCACGGGAAUGGGGCAUCCAGGACAAGGUGGUGGCCUGUGUGACAGAUGGAGCAUCCAACAUCACCCUGGCAAUUAAGAAGUGUCAAUGGACACACCUGCAUUGUUUCGCCCAUACACUAAAUUUGAUUGUCAGGGGGAGGGGGUUAAAAAACCUAGCAGAAACGGUGGAAAAGGUAAAACACAUCGUGGACCACUUCCAUCGAAGCUCGUUGUCAGCAGAGAAGCUGAGGGCCACACUGGCACAAAUGGGUCUGCCAGACCUGAAGCUUCUGCAGGAUUGCCCCACCCGGUGGAAUUCCACCUUCUACAUGCUGAAGCGUUUUGUAAGGCUGAAGGAUGCCAUCAUCACCACACUGGCUUUGGUGAAUUCAGCAAUGUCAACCUUGACUCAUGAGGAGUGGGUGGCCAUUGAAGAGGCGUGCGACGUGCUGCAGCCAUUUGAGGAAGUGACAGUGGAGAUCAGCGGGGAAAGCUAUGUGACUGCCUCCAAAGUCAUUUUGCUGGCACGGGGUUUGCAGAAGAUCACUGCAAGCCGCAUAAGGAGCGGCUGCUUCAACCAGCCUGUGGUGCAGGAGCUCCUGUCUGGCCUCAAUGCGGAGAUGUCCAAGCGGUUUCGCCGGAUUGAGUUCAACAACUUCCUGGCAGAGAGCUCCAUGCUAGACCCAAGGUUCAAACGAAAGGCCUUCACAGACGACGACGCAGCCAACGAGGUAAUACAAGGCCUCACGAAUGCUGCAGCACAGGUCACCAUCUCCAGUUCCUCCCAGCAGGAUGCUCUGGCUGAGCAAGGAGCCGCUGCAAGACCCAUCGAGGCCAGCCAGGUCUGGGGGGACUUUGAUGAGCAGGUGUCGGGGCUUGUGAGUCACAUCAGUGCUCACACAGAAGCGACCCUCGAGAUCCGGUCCUUCCUCCAGGAGGCCCUGAUCCCUAGGUCCUGCAACCCCCUGAUCUGGUGGAAGAACCGGGCACUGGUAUUCCCACGGCUGACUCGUCUGGUGAUUGAGAGGGCAUGUGUUGUCGCGACCUCGGUGCCAUCUGAACGAGUCUUUAGCAAAAUGGGGCAGAUCAUCUCGGAGAGGCUCAGCCGGCUCACUCCAUCAAAGGCACACAACAUCGUGUUCCUGAAUGCCAACCUUGAGUAA